UAUCAUUACUUGACUCUACUUUUGUCUAUUCUUGGAGGAUCUUAUCUAAUCAAGGCUUUUUGGAAAGCAGUUGUUGUUCCAAACCAUCUAAGACAUAUACCAAAAGUUGAUACAAUUCCAUGGUUUUUAAGUAUUAUAAAAGGCGACAGUCAUGAUAUAAGGGUAAAGAAAUUAAUGUUACCACUUAUAAAUCAACAUGGUUUAUGCUUAAAG